CGGUAUAUCACUAUAGUGGAGAUAGUCAUAAGUUGUAGUAAUAGCUUCGAUCGAGCCAUCCAUCGCCGAGACUGCUAAUAUAUAACUAUACGUUUGUUUGCCCGAAGCUCGAAUCUUUCUCAUUUCACAAGACAGACAAUCAGAACGAAAGAAUCGAAUACAACAGGACCAGAACAUCUACAAUAUCAUCUACCAGACGUUACAUCCACUAUACUCUACUCUAACUACCACUCAUAAAUACAGACAAACAGUGCUGUCCAAUUGUUGAUUACUCAUCGUUAUCAUAUUUUUCACUUUCAUAAAUUUCAUAAAUUUCAUUUCACUUCAGUUCGUUCAUGACAAAUAAAGAGGAAGAGCAGCUUCUUCAGGAUGCGCUGACGCUUUUGAUGUUCGCCAACGUAGCGGCAAAGCAACAACAGCAACAUAUCAAGAACACUUCUGCUAGCCAUAGUCCUCUUCAAACUGCUACGUCACCGGCAGCCUCCUCCGUGACCCCACCUCCGGCCAAUCCUUCGACUUCGUAUCAGCAAAUCCAACAACUUCAAAACCAACAAGCACAGCUUCAAACUCAGUUUCAAAACCAUAUUCAACAUGGUGCGAUAAAAAAUCGCCCAGCAGUUUCUUCCAAUAUUGUCCCAAACCCUGAAAAGUUCUCGACUUCGUCGUCUCUGUCUACGGUUUCGCCUCCUACGGCUUCGUUUGUGCAUAAUCAAGACCUCAGAGAGGCAUCUAGACCUCACCUUCCACAUAAAAGUUCGUUGAGCAUUCUUAUGAACAGUCCAGAACCACAAUCCAUGCCAUUCUCGCCUUCUAAUAUUUCACAAACUUCCCAGGUUUCACAGCAGAAACGCUCGGCUUCGCUUGAGGAUUCUAAUCUUCCCCAGAAAGGCAGUUUUGUCCAACAACACAAACGCUCUAAAUCGACCCCAGAGACCGACAAAAAGACACCGGCUUAUAGACACAUUGUUCUUUCUCCUGGCCCAGCAAACGUAGCUCUCGCCAGAGGCAUCAACUUGGAAACAGGAGAAAGAAAUAAUAACAAUGCGGUGAUAGCUGCUGCUGCAUUAGCAGCUGCUGCAGAUAUACCGUUGCCGUUGAAACAUGUAAAAAGAAACGUAGAACCAACAGUUUCUAAGUCUACAACAGUAAAAUUUGCACACAUAGUAUCAGAACAAGAAGCUGAACCGGCUAAAACUGUUCAAGUAGCACAACCUGUUGCAAAAGUUGAGCCGGAACAAGUUCCACUAGCAGUUCCAAAACCAGUAGAAGUUCAACAACUUGUAGAAAGUGAUGAUCAGGACUAUGAACGGGAAGAAAAAGUGGACACAGAGAUUCAACAUGAAGAACAAAAGAUCGAUUUUAAGGCACCUCCUCUUUCUUCAUAUCAGGUUGAUCCUGAUUCUGGUUUAAUCGGAUGUAUCUGUGGAAUUUCUGACGAUGACGGGUUUACUAUCCAGUGUGAUGUGUGUUAUAGAUGGCAGCAUUGUGUCUGUAUGGGUUUCAAGACAAGUGAAGAAGUGCCCGAAGACGAGUAUACUUGUUAUUACUGUGACAGAGCCAAGUGGGGAAAAUUUGACCCACUAGAAUGUCGCAGAGAAACGUUGGAUCGUCUAGACAACGAUAGUCGACAGCCUCAAUUACUGCAAGAAUUGAACGAAAGGCAACAGCAAGAACUUGCGGAAUUUCAGGAGAAGCAGAAGCAAAAUGGCAAGAGAAAGCCGCUGAACUCUGAUAAAAACGACAAGCGACGUAAAGUGGAAAGUCAAGUAGAAAAGAGAAAGGACUCCUCAGCAACUGAAGUACAGCCAAAGAGUCAAACUCCUAGCGAUACCCUUCCAAACAAAGACAAUGAGUUGUUAGAAGAUGGAGUCACAGCAGAGUCGUAUCAAUCUGUGUAUUAUAAGCUUAGAAAGAACGACUACAAGAGACAGUCUAUAAGCGAUUUCUUUUCUAGAAUAGGUACUGAGUUCUUCAACGAAUACCUUUCUUUGGACCCAAGCACAAAAGCCUCCAAAGAAUUGAGAGGGAUCAAAGUGAUGUCUAUGCCUGAGUUUAAAGCUAUUAGAUUGAGCAAAUUGAAUUUGCCAAACCAUCUUAAUUAUAUUAGCGAGCACAAGAACAAUUUGUCCAAGAAGAAGUUGUUCAACGACACUUCGAUACAGGUUAGACAGUAUUCCGAUAAUCAGAAGCAGAAGUUUAAUGGAAUCUCCAAGUUGUCACUUUUUAUCACGUCCACUAAUAGCGAUAGUUUGACGAUCCCAGCCAACACUGCGAUUAUCGAGUAUUUAGGUGAAAUUGAUCUUUUCAAGAACUACGUCAGGGAUCCUAUCAACCAAUAUUCCAGCUGGGGUACCCCAAAGCCCAAGGUUCUUCGUACAAGUCUCAAAGUAGCACAGGACAACAAUUUGGAAGUUGUUCUUGACUCCAGAUUUGUGGGUAAUGAAUCUAGAUUCAUUAGAAAAGCUUGUCCUGCUUCCACAAAUUGUAGAAUAGAGCCAAUUUACAUUCCUGAAGACAAUUCGUUUCGCUUCUUAGUCGUGACAACAAAGCCCAUUAAUUUGAAGUCAGAAUCUGCUGAUGAAGAGUUGCGCCUUGAAUGGGAAUGGGAUCCACAACAUCCCAUCCUCAAGCUUUAUGAAAAUAACAACUCUGAGAAGUUUGAGCAAUUGGUGAAUGCUGAUAAAUCAGCAUUAAUCACCUACAUCGACAAUAUUUUGCAUUUUGCCGAGUGCGGCUGCUCAACAGCAAACGCUUUUUCCUCUUGCGCUAUUUUUAAGAUCAAGAAGGCUACUUCGUAUUUGUUGCGUUCAACUAGAAAAGCAUCAUCUAUCAGCAAUUCCAAUCUAGCCAAAUCAAAAGAGGAAUUGAUACUUCCUAGAAAGGAAAAGGAGUACAUUUCUUGGGAAGAAAGAUUGUUGGAAAGAGACAACAUCAUACAGAUGAAUCUUUCAGUAACUACUGAACAGAUUAGCGAAGAAUCAAAAGAAGAGUUGAAAAACGAUAAUGAAGUGGAAGUCGAUAACGAAGAAGUUAAGGGAGAAAUUAAGCCAAAUUAUCUUUUCAAGUUGCCUUACAAGCAGCAAUUGCUCUCCAAGAACAGGGGCCGUAAGAUCGUAGUUCGUCCUGGAUCUUCUUCUGUAGAAGGAGAUGUAAAUAGCGGAACAGCCCACGACGAGUUACCAUUCCCAAUUGUGUCUGACUUAGUAGUCAAGAUCGAGAAAAGUAUUGACGAAAAGCUUAAGCCAAUGGUCAAGGAGGUGGAAGAGAAGAUAACUACUGUCCUUGAGUCACUUCCAAAGCCUUCGGCCACGCAAGAAGAAACGUCAAAGAAGGAUGAAGUUAUUGCUGCUGUGGAAGAAAUACAACAUGCACCACCUCCGGUUGUCAAGAAAUUAUCAUUCGCUGACUAUAAGAAGAAAUUGAAAUAAUAGAAUAGGUUAUAUAUUUAUAAUGAGUAAUAAUGUACUAUAUCAUAUUUUCA